AGCGGCAGAGGGGAGCUGCUGAGGAGAGCCGCAUGGAGGACCCCGCGGCACCCGGGUCCGGGAACCCGCCUGCCAAUGGCUAUGGCAACGGCAACGGCGGCGGCAAAGGGAAGCCAGCGGCGCCUAAAGGCCGGGAAACGUUCAGAAGCCAGCGGCGGGAGUCGGAGGGCUCUGUGGACUGCCCUACCCUGGAAUUUGAGUAUGGAGACACAGAUGGGCACGCAGCAGAGUUGUCAGAAUUGUAUAGCUACACUGAACACCCGGAAUUCACCACUAACAGGAGGUGCUUUGAAGAAGACUUCAAGACCCAAGUGCAGGGUAAGGAGUGGCUAGAGUUGGAGGAAGAUGCCCAGAAGGCCUAUGUGAUGGGACUUCUGGACCGGCUGGAGGUGGUCAGUAGGGAACGGCGACUGAAGGUGGCCCGAGCUGUUCUCUACCUGGCCCAAGGCACUUUUGGGGAAUGUGAUUCAGAAGUCGAUGUACUCCACUGGUCCAGGUACAACUGCUUCCUGCUCUAUCAGAUGGGGACCUUCUCGGCCUUCCUGGAGCUACUCCACAUGGAAAUCGACAACAGCCAGGCCUGUAGCAGUGCUCUUCGGAAACCAGCCAUCUCCAUUGCUGAUAGCACAGAGCUCCGGGUGCUGCUGAGUGUCAUGUACCUAAUGGUGGAAAAUAUCCGCCUGGAGCGAGAGACAGACUCCUACGGGUGGAGGACAGCCCGGGAGACCUUCCGCACUGAACUGAGCUUCUCCAUGCAUAAUGAGGAGCCUUUUGCCCUUCUGCUUUUCUCUAUGGUCACCAAGUUCUGCAGCGGCCUGGCUCCCCACUUCCCCAUAAAGAAGGUCCUGCUUCUGCUCUGGAAAGUAGUCAUGUUUACCCUCGGUGGAUUUGAGCAGCUGCAGGCUCUCAAAGUACAGAAGCGGGAAGAAUUGGGCCUGCCUCCACUGGCUGAGGACAGUAUCCAGGUGGUGAAGAGCAUGCGUGCUGCCUCCCCGCCCUCUUACACUCUCGACCUGGGGGAAUCUCAGCUGGCACCACCACCCUCCAAACUGCGAGGCCGCCGUGGUUCUCGAAGGCAACUCCUUACUAAGCAGGACAGCUUGGACAUCUACAACGAAAGAGAUCUCUUUAAGACUGAGGAACCAGCCACAGAGGAGGAAGAGGAGUCUGCUGGCGAUGGAGAGCGUACCUUGGAUGGAGAGUUAGACUUGCUAGAGCAGGACCCUCUAGUACCACCUCCACCCUCACAGGCACCCCUCUCUGCUGAGCGGGUGGCCUUUCCCAAGGGCCUACCGUGGACCCCAAAGGUCAGACAGAAGGACAUUGAACACUUCUUGGAGAUGAGCAGGAACAAGUUCAUCGGAUUCACUCUGGGGCAGGACACAGAUACCUUGGUUGGAUUACCCAGGCCCAUCCAUGAGAGUGUGAAGACCCUCAAGCAGGUGACCAGGGUGGGCUCUCAGUCUUCAGGGAUAGGGAGCCAUCAAGGCAUUUUGGCCAAAGAGCACAAGUACAUCUCCAUCGCAGAUGUUCAGAUCAAGAAUGAGGAAGAGCUAGAGAAGUGCCCCAUGUCUUUGGGGGAAGAGGUAGUACCAGAGACGCCGUGUGAAAUCCUCUACCAGGGCAUGCUGUAUAGCCUCCCCCAGUACAUGAUUGCUCUACUUAAGAUUCUACUGGCUGCAGCCCCUACAUCCAAGGCUAAGACAGACUCUAUCAACAUCCUGGCAGAUGUCCUGCCUGAGGAGAUGCCCAUCACUGUUCUCCAGAGCAUGAAGUUGGGCAUUGAUGUGAACAGGCACAAGGAGAUCAUCGUAAAGAGUAUCUCUGCCCUGCUCCUGCUACUCCUCAAACACUUCAAACUGAAUCAUAUCUACCAGUUUGAAUAUGUAUCACAACAUUUGGUAUUUGCCAACUGCAUUCCAUUGAUCCUGAAGUUCUUCAAUCAAAAUAUCUUGUCCUACAUCACUGCCAAAAACAGUAUCUCGGUCCUGGAUUACCCAUGCUGUACCAUCCAGGAUUUGCCAGAGCUUACUACGGAGAGUCUGGAAGCUGGAGACAACAACCAGUUCUGCUGGAGGAACCUCUUUUCCUGCAUCAACCUUCUGAGGCUGCUCAAUAAACUGACCAAAUGGAAGCAUUCCAGAACCAUGAUGCUGGUAGUGUUUAAAUCUGCUCCAAUCUUAAAGCGGGCCCUCAAGGUCAAACAGGCCAUGCUGCAACUUUAUGUGCUGAAGCUGCUAAAAAUACAGACCAAGUACCUCGGGCGCCAGUGGAGGAAAAGCAACAUGAAAACCAUGUCAGCCAUUUAUCAGAAAGUACGCCACCGCAUGAAUGAUGACUGGGCUUAUGGGAAUGACAUCGAUGCCAGGCCGUGGGACUUCCAAGCAGAAGAAUGCACCUUGAGGGCCAACAUUGAGGCUUUUAACAGCCGCCGGUAUGACAGACCCCAGGACUCUGAGUUUUCACCUGUGGAUAACUGCCUGCAGAGUGUGCUGGGGCAGAGGUUGGAUCUGCCUGAGGAUUUCCACUACUCAUAUGAGCUCUGGCUGGAGAGAGAGGUUUUUUCACAGCCCAUCUGUUGGGAGGAGCUGCUCCAGAAUCACUGACUGAGCUCUUGUCAACAGGCAUCUGAUAGAUGGGGGUUGGCUCCAAUAAAUGGUGCUCUGCCUACCCUGCCCACUCAGCCUUUGUUUCCAGCUCUAGGAGUGCUUGUCCAGGGUAGCAGUGACCCAGCCUUAGGACAUCCAGUGUAGUUCAGGACUAUUAUGGGAGCAGUUAGGCCUGGAGAUAUAAUACAAGGCUGGGAGCCUGAGUGAUAAAAAAUUGAUCUAAUUGCCCUGGGGUCAUUUGGGUGCCCAGUUGCCCUUGAAAUCUCCUGCUGGAUCAGUCCUGGACAGGCUCUUUUGUGGGACUGCUCCCUGCUUUCGUCUUGCCUAGAACCACGCUAGCCUUUGCUGGCCCCAAAAGUGAGAAUAAGUUUACUAUGGCAUUUGACUCAUGGCAUUCAUCAUAGGUAAUGGGAAGUACAGGUCAUAAAAUAGGGAGAACAUUUCCUUCUUGCUCACCCUGGAUUACCAGAGGUUUGGCAAACCCAACUUUGAAAUUAAGUCUGUAUUUUAAAUUUAAAAUUCUGACGCUCACCUCUUUCUAAAAUCAUUAGCUCUGAGAUGAUUUUUAGAGCAACUGCAUCUUCUUUGUGAAGGAUGAUGAUUUACUAUUACCUAAAUACUGCAUGUUAUAGAAAGGUAUAUUGUGUAGUGUUUUUCUUUAUUAAGAGAUCUAUGUUCAGUGUGAAAAGUAUUUCCUUGUGUACUCUGUAUAGGGCAUGGAGUGCUCUGCCACAACCAAUACAAAACAGUCAGGCCUCCUCUAAGGAUGUUUCAUGUUUUUCUGAAACUAUUUCAGUCUUAAAAUGACUUGAGUACAUUGCAGAAAAUUAUUCUUUUCAUCUAAUUCAUUUUUAAAUGACAAGUUAUCUACAGAAGGUUUUAUUUAUUGAGAUGGCAUGUCCAUUUGUGCUUGUGAUCGAUUUAUUUUUUUAAUUGAAUAGAACAGCGAGAGCAUCACAGGUUACCAUUUUUCUUUGUCUCCUAUGUUGAUAAACGAUUUUUUUUCCCUUUUUACUGCUAACAGUUUCAAAGUGUCAUGUGGGUAUUUAGCAAUACUGUUUCUACCUAGAAGUAUUACACAUUUCUUUGAAAAUGUAAGGGUUGUUGUACCAACCUCUUUAAACUUCUCCCUUUUACAGCAGAAUCACAGUCUUCCCAACCGAAACACGGUUUUUAGAAAAGUUUCUGAUUCAAUCAGGAUCAUCUUAUUUCUCUUCCGUCCUCAGAAUUAUGGCAUCUAUACUUUCAAGCUUUUUUACUUUAAAUGCCCCCACCCUGCAACAUGGACACUACUGAAUGUUUUUUAUGAUAGCACCAGGCCACUUUAAUUGUGCCAGGACAUCUAGUCAAAAUCAGCUUAUUUACUCCAUCCUUUGUCAACCACAGUCUCUUUUGAAGUCAGGAUAGAUUGCUAAUGAUUUCCAAAGGAACUAUACCAAAAUUCUGAUUAUAGCUUGAAUUUCACCCCUUUGUGCUUUACGGGUAGCAGGAUUUCUGUUUUUAUGGUGAGGUCAUGAAGAAUGUAAGUCUGUAAUGGAUGAAACUUAAAAUAGUCUGUAAAUUUUGUCUGAGUAGGACAGCAGUCCUCAUUGCAAUUAAAGUAAUUUACUGAGUAUAUCAUUACUGAACACUAUUGAACCCUAUUAACCUAUGAUUUUAAUGUGAUUUAAGUGAAAAGACAACUUUCAAGAAAAGAACAAUUAUCAGUCUACUUAUUUUGAAUAAAUAGUAUAUAGUAUUUAAUUUAAUCAAGAGCAGAUAAGUUAUCCUCUUAAAAAUAUGCACGUGGGCUUCCCUGGUGGCGCAGUGGUUGAGAGUCCGCCUGCUGAUGCAGGGGACACAGGUUCGUGCCCUGGUCCGGGAAGAUCCCACAUGCCGCAGAGCGGCUGGGCCCGUAAGCCAUGGCCGCUGAGCCUGCGCGUCCGGAGCCUGUGCUCUGCAACAGAAGAGGCCACAACAGUGAGAGGCCCGCGUACCACAAAAAAAAAAAAAAAAAAAAAAAAGCACGUGAAUUCUUUCCAAGGCAUAGAUGUAUGCUAAACUUUAACAUUUCAUAUUUUUUAAUAAAUCUUCUCUAAGGGAAAUUCUCAGUGCAGAUGGAAAAACUGAGGCACCAAAGAUAAAUGAUUAGUUUCAAAUUACAUCAUUUUUCUACUGACUUUCUGGGACUAGCAUUCAGGUACUGAUAGCCAGCCCCAUAUGUUACAGUAACUGAUUUGAAUCUCCCAAUUUGAGAAUACAUGUGUGUGGUUAGGAAUAAAUCAGAGUAACCAACCUCCAAUGGUGAUUACUGUUACAACACAGAAGAACAUUAUUUGAGUGAUUUAUAAAGUAGAAGAUUUUUAUUUGUGAAUAUUUCAGUAAAGUUUGUGUUGAUUGUUGAUAACACUGUUUCUCUACUGAAGUACUUUAAUAAAAAGAAUUGUACUGGA